AGCCUUUUCCCAAAUUUUGGAGGCUAUUAUGAUGUUCGAGAGAAGAGGAAGAAAAAUAGAGACAUAUAAUUCUUAUUGGAGAGCAGUUGAUGAGAGGGUUCUCCACUUGGUAUUGUUGUCUUUUAGAUUGAAAUGUCAACCGUUAUUUCUGUACUUCUUUGAUUUUUUUUUGAUUUUACUAUUUUUUUUUCUUUUGUGAAUUUUUGAUUUGGGUUGCUGUAGGUAGCGAGGUAUGUCCUUAGAUGGACCUGAUGGGUUUAGGGUUUAAGGAGGAAACAAUUCCAGUUCGGUAAACUUGAAGCUUUUUCUUGUCAAUUUUGUUAGUGCUAGCAUUCUGUUAGAUCUCCUUUGAACUGUGUGGUGAGCUUCUAAUGGAAUCCCUUUGCUGGUCCUAUGGAUUUAGGGUUUUAGUUGAGAAAAAUUGCUUUGAUCCAUGCAAGAAUGCUGUGUUGUCAAAUUUGGGUGCACCUAUUUGUUUUAACUACCACAGUUCUAACUCAAGGACUUGUGGAUCUUCUGUUGUUCGUUCUACUGCAAGGGAUCUAGCAGUCAUUCAAAGUCCUCCUGCUAAAGAAGUGUUGAUUCCCUUCCCUGGUUCUGCUUCUGAGCCCUUUCCACAUUUGAGGCUUGAACAUGAUCAUUUUUGGAGCGCUUUAGAGAUCGCAGAAGCUGUCGAUGGGGAGAUUAUCAGAUGGGGUCCUUCAGGAACCAUCUCGACAGACACCCGAAAGCUGAUUUCCGGCCAAUGGUUCUUCGCCAUUCCUGGCGGGGCUUUUGAUGGUCAUGAUUUUGUCACUCAGGAAUUGGCUGAUAAGGGUUGUGCAGGUGUCAUAGGGAAUAGGGUGUGCAAAAACUGGCAUGGGGGGUUCAUUAAGUUGGAAGGUGAUACCUUGUUUGCCCUUGAGAAGAUGGCAAAGUUUGCUAGGAAAAGGUUUCAUGGUAUUGUGGUGGGUUUAACAGGCAGCGUUGGAAAGACCACCACAAGAACCAUGAUAGCUCUUGCACUUGAGAGCCUCGGUCGUGUCUACCAGACCCAUGGGAACUUGAAUUAUAUGGUCGGAGUUGCUUUGACGCUGAUGGGGAUUCCCAUGGAUGCGAAGGCUUCAGUUGUGGAGCUUGGGAUGGGUGGGAAGGAGGGAGAGAUUUUGGAGAUGGCACGAAUGUGCCAGCCAUCUGUAAGAGUGAUUUUGAAUGUAGCUCAUGGUCAUAUGGAGCAUUUCAGGAGUUUAAAGGAGGUUGCUAAAGCGAAAGGGGAGAUUCUGGCAGAGGCAAAACCGGGGGAUACUUGUGUGUUGAAUGCUGAUGAUCCUCUAGUUAUGAGCAUCCCAGUUCCGGUUGGAGUUAAGAAGGUGCUUUUCGGCAGUCAAAGAGGUUGUGAUGUCAGGUUGGUUUUGGCUGAAAGCAUAGAUGGAGGCUGUGCAACUCGUGUAAUAUUAGAAAGUACAAUUGCCGCAUAUUGUAACCUGCUUUCAUUCACAAGUGAAAAGACUUCAGAAAUGGUGGAGUUUAAGAUUCAUGGUCCUGGCCUUCAUUUAGCAAUGGAUGCAUGUGCUGCUGCUGCAGUUGCCAUAUCAUUGGGUGUGCGUCUCCCCCAAAUAGGAGAAGCCUUGUCAAGAUUUAGGCCUGUUCGUAUGAGGUCAGAAAUGGAAAUCACUAAAAAUGGUAUCAAAAUCAUCAAUGACACAUACAAUGCCAAUCCUGCAAGCAUGAUGGCUGCGAUCAAGUUAUUGAAGUCUAUGGAUUGUGAAGGCAAAAGGGUUGCCAUACUUGGAGAUAUGCUGGAACUUGGUGCGGCAGAGGCUGGGGCACACGAGCUUGUGCUGAAACUUUGCUUUGAUGCCUGCAUUGCAUUGGUUAUGCUUGCUGGGAAAAGAUUCACUGCAGCUGCUGAAAAAUUAAAUUUGUUGGGCAAGUCUAAUAUUCUUUGUGCCCCAGACUCGGCUUCCCUUGUUCCUAGAAUUGCAGAAAUAUUGACCGCUGUUGAUGUUGUUUUGGUGAAAGGCAGUCGAGGGAUGCAGAUGGAGAAAGUUGUUGACACAAUCAAGGUGAUGGAUGGCUGGUAGAUAGGAUGUCUACAUGAUUGCAAGAAGUUUUUAUGUAAUAAACUGUUGUUUUUAUACUUAGAAGAGAGUUUCAGUGAGUAAUUUCGUGAAACAGCUAUAUAUUUUUGUCAUGAGAAUGUAAUUUAUGAUCUGUGUUAUAGUAAAAACUCCAUUUCUGUAUAGAAAUUUUGUU